CAAAAAUUAUAGAAUUUUUUGAACACCGACUCCAUAUCGACUAUUACAAUUGUCGAGCCCGCGAUACCGCCAAUUCAUUUGAUUUUCCCGCCGGUUUCAAAGUUUCCCGCUCAUCUCGCUCAUCUCAACAAAGGACUCGACAGAGAGAACAGUCCUUGAGAGAUGCCGCUUCUGGGAAGGAAAUCCUUCAAGCCGAACCCACUUCCCAAAGAUCUGAGGUCUGCGGAAGAAGUAUUUGUCAUCAAAGAGACGAAUGAAGUCUUUAGGUCGUAUGAUGAAUACGUAAAUCGCAUCAUUCUUUAUGGAUUCCAAGUAUGGGGCUGUCAGCUGACUGGAAAAACAAACCUGAAAUAUGGAGAAGCUGUUGCAAGUGAAGAGCAGACACUUAAAAGACUGGAGAGCUUCCCAAAGUAUUUAGAAAAACCAAUUUUGCAGCUUGUUCAUCACAGUACAUGCACACUUCAAACCCUUGUACAACAGUGUUACAAAUAUCUAGAGAAAGUGUAUGUGGAAAAUGAGCCUGUGGAGUGUUGUGUCAAUGGAAAGUGGCAUCAGGGUAGAAUUUCCAGAAUUCAUGGCCAAGCCAUCACUGGAAAUAAGACUGAUGUAAGAUAUGACAUUGAGUGUGACAGUGUGCAAGAUUGCUUGAAGGAUGUUCCAUCUGGAGAUAUAAAACGCCUUAAGAAGAUGCCAUCAGAGGAGACGGUAAGUUGCUUCAUAAGGGCCAACACGGAAAACCCCUGGAGAAAUGAUAACAGCCCUUGGAUAGUCAAGACUGAUGUUGCAAAGAAGUAUUCCCUUUUUGACAAGCUGAAUGAUUUUUCAUUAGUCUUAAGCAAGACAACUACUCCUUCAUCCAAGAACUCCACAAAAGGCAACAAAAGUAGUGAGAAGCCAAAGAAGAAAGCCCUGGAUCAAAGUGCAGGACAUGGGAAACCAGGAGUGAACAAAACAAACCUAUCACAGAGAAAACUGGACUCAUUUACAAAAAGCACUGACAACAGCAAUGCUACUGUGAGUCUGUCUAAGUUAUCUGACAAGUCUCUGAACAAAUUCACCCCUGCAAAGAAGGACACUGUCAACAUUUGUUCUAGUUCUGAGAAAGAUGAUGACAAGACACCAUCAGGUCAGCUUCGUGGCACUCCUGUAAAAUGUAGAUUGGUGUUAACUCCUGUCAAGUCUCCUUACAGAGGGGGCAUCAGCAGAAGCCCUGCUUGUAAAACGUCUGGUGUUAACAAUGGAGGCAACAAGACCAAGAAAACUGUGGUCAUUGAAGAUGAUACAAAUGAUGCAGUCAUUACAAGUUGCAAGAGUCCUAAGAUAAACUCUGGUAAAAAGCUUAAAAUGUCUCCAAAGAGUGGGAAGGCCCAGAAGACAUUAGGAGGCACAGAGGACUCUAAUAAGAAGAACAUGAAAGAAGGAACUGUUUCUAAAAAGCUUGUUAUGUCGAAAUCAGCAACAGUUGAUGUUGUUAAGGAAAAGGAGCGUAUGAAAGGAACUGGAUCAAAAAAGACCAAGAUUCCAAAACCAGAAGUUUUGGUGCGAAAAGGAGAAUUAGUGAAUGUUGAUAGUGAUUCUGACAAGGAUUUUGAAUCUUCUCCUCACAAGCUUGCAGUUAAACCAAAACAAUCAAGCAGUAAAAUGAAGCAAAUGACGUUAUUAGACCUCACGAAGAAACCAGAUGAUCAAGACACAGUUUUACCAUUGUCACCAAAGAUGAAAGCCAAGAAACAGAAAACCCUGUCUGAAAUGUUUAGUACUGCCAUUCCCAAGGAUAAACCUAAUCAAUUGAUGAGUGCUUUGACAUUGAAAACUACACAAGUGCCUUCUUCAAGCUGUCUUAAUCUUCAUACCACCUGUGUAAACCAAGCUCUUGUCACUGAGAAGAGUAAUGUGGACAAAGAAAGAUUGCAGAGUUUUAGGCAGUUUAAUAAAGAAAAUGGAAUUUUAAACAAGACCUAUUGGCAGAAACUUGAAGAUAACAAGGUCUUGAACUCCAAGCCUCUUCCACUUGCUAAACCUGUGAAUAUGCCAAGUGGAAUAACAGCUGAAAUAUUUGGUGAAGUAGCCAUGAUAGCAGACUUUGUAUACACCUUCCAUGACCUUCUUGUUCCAAGGGAAACUCUGCAUAUCUCAAUAGAUAAUUUAUCGCAGGCCUUGGUUGCUGGUAAUGAGGGCUUUCCUCUGUUGUCCAGAAUCUUGUUCAUCUUUCUUCAGAUUCUACUGCAAGACAGGUCAACUAAGGGUCAAGAACUAGGCAUGCAGCUAGCUGAAAUGCCAUUGACACAACAGUCAGCAUCAGAGGUCUCACGACUUUACUUAAACUCAAAAUUCAAGAUACUAACAAGUUACAAAGACGAUAAACAGCUCCAGAGAAUACUGGAAUCACUUCAACAUGAAGAUUUUUACAAUCUCACUCCUGAGGAAAAGACAAAGGUGUUGUUUCUAUUUUUAGCUAAUCCUUUAAGGCAUGCANGAAUACUGGAAUCACUUCAACAUGAAGAUUUUUACAAUCUCACUCCUGAGGAAAAGACAAAGAUCCUGGUGACCCUUUGUCAUGAAGUUUUAUCGUCAGAUGCCAUGGAUGACUAUAUUGGAAGUCAACUCACUGAGGCCACAGAGUUAAGACUAGAGAAAGAAGAAGAGGAACAGUGGAAAAUUAACAUGGCUCAGUGUCAGUGCACUCUAAGACUGAAUCCCAUUGGAUGUGAUCGUAAUCAUGCCCGUUAUUGGCUGUUCAAUGGAGCAGCGGCAGGAGUGUUUGUAGAGCAAGGCUGGUGGAACUUACACAAUCUUUCUAAAACUGCUGAGGAGCCUUCAAGAGAAAGUGGUGACGUCGAAGGUGACACUGACAUAGAAAUGGUUGGAGAAACAACAGAAGUUGAAAACAAGAUGGACUCCUUUGCAAAAGUCAAUGAGCGCGGAGACUGGGGGAGAGAACUGGGAAGUCAACAGAGUUUUAAGUUGUCCACCGACAGAGUCAUACAAUAUUCACAUAAAAAUGUGAGAUUUGCUAACAGAGUGUGUAUUUGUGUUUGUGUAGAAACUGGGCCAGAAUGUGGCAAUGUAGAAAAAGUCAGCCUCCUCUCAGGAACAGAGACGUCCAACAAGAAUGUGGAAAAGAAAAUAACAAACGCUAAAAUAGGGAUCCCAGCAAAGGAGCAGAAUAAGGAAGUGUCUGAAGUUGUUAAGACUUUGAGAAAACGAAGAGAAGAUAUGGCAGGCAAAGAUGAAAAGAAACUGAAAGAAGAGAAGGAAAGACUAGAAAAAGAAGAAGAGGAACAGUGGAAAGUUAACAUGGCUCAGUGUCAGUACACUCUAAGACUGAAUCCAAUUGGAUGUGAUCGUAAUCAUGCCCGUUACUGGGUGUUCAAUGGUGCAGCGGCAGGAGUGUUUGUAGAGCAAGGCUGGUGGAACUUACACAAUCUUUCUAGAACUGCUGAGGAGCCUUCAAGAGAAAGUGGGGACGUCGAAGGUGACACUGACAUAGAAAUGGUUGGAGAAACAACAGAAGUUGAAAACAAGAUGGACUCCUUUGCAAAAGUCAAUGAACGAGACUGGAGGUUUCCUGACAUUUCAUAUGAGUGGUUAUGUUACAGCACCGUAGAAGAAGUACAGACGUUGAUUGACCAUUUAUCACAUCAAGGCAUACGUGAGAGUGCACUGAAGAAAUCUCUUAAAGAAAAACUUAAAACUAUUACUGAUGCUAUUAAUAGAAGAAACGUGUCCAGGAAACCUACAAAGCCUGAAACUGAUGAAGAGGGAGUUUUUAGCUCUAUUAAAGAGGAAUUGAAGGACACUGCUGAAAGACUUGUUUGUGGAAACUUAGCUGUGCUUCAUGAAGCCCUGGAAGAAUAUCAACAUACUGUAGAUCAAGGUUCAACUAUCAGUGAUUUGGUAAGCCUUAAACAUUUACAUACCUUGUACUGUUUUUACUGUGCACCAGGUAGAUCUGUAUUAAACUUCAUUCAAUGCACAAAACACUAUCCAGGGGCCAUUACGUACCAUGCAGUAGUUCCAAAUCUCGUUUUUAUUCAGGCAUCACAGCUUGAGAAGUUGCUGCCCGCUGUACUACCUCAAUUCCAUCAAGGUUUGUUUAGCAAAGACAAGAAAGGUUCGGAAGAAGCGAAACAGCGCUGGUUGGAUGCAGUGAAACAAGCCACAACUGUGUCUAGGCUUCAUCUGCUGCUUGAAAUUUUGGAUUCUACCGUUAUCUGGGAUUUAUCUGCAGAAAAUGCGUGCUGCAAGAUUUGUCGCCUCAAGGGAAUUGGUACCACUCUGAUAUUGUGCGAUGACUGUAAUUUAGGUUAUCAUCUUCAGUGUGUACGUCCAGCGUUAUCUGAAGUGCCUGAGGGGCACUGGAGCUGUCCUGCUUGUAAGCCGAGUGAAAGGCAGAGUAGCCGAACAAGUGCCAAAAAUUACAAAGAGGAAAGUGGAAGUGAAGUAGAGGAUGAAGAAGAGCCAAGUGAAGCCAAUAUUGAUGAUUCUGAUGAAAGUUCAGAGGAUGAAUCUGAUGAACAUGAAGACUAUUGUCACACGUGUGGAGAAGAAGGCGACUUGAUCUGCUGUGACUCAUGUCCUCUGGUGUUCCACAAAGACUGUCACCAGCCCCCUCUCAGGCACAUACCUCGGGGAGCCUGGAGCUGUUGGCAGUGUCGCCAGCCAAAGAACAAAAAGCAGAAAAAGAAUCAGCAAGGUGGCCAGAUGAAAAGGUCGAAACAAGCCAAAAACAAAGUCAAAGAGCCUGGCAGGAAGGACGAGCGUUCUUCAAAAAGUAACAAACUCAAGCGUCCCCACUCUCGAAGCUCGGAGGAGUCUGGUAGCGAGACGGUGUCAAAGCGAACUCGUCAGAGUCGUCAACCAAUAGAAAUCGUCGAUGGUAAGAGCGCGCGUGACAGGAGAAGGAAUGCGCGUGCGUGUCUUGAAGACAUGUCUGAUGAUGAAAGCGUUGACGGUAAAAUGAAAUCAAAAACCACACAGCGUACAGGCAAGGUGGUGAAAAAUGGCAGAACCUCAAGUAGGCUACAGAGGAUAUGUCAACACGAUUCAGAUGAUGAAAACGAAGAAAAGAAGAGAGGCAAGUCUAACGUCAAAUCGUUUUAUGGGAGGUUCAGUGGACGAGCCCGCCGACAGAAAAUUUCCAGUGAGGAGGAGGAGGAGGAUGAGACAAAUAAGCGAUACACGAACACAUCAAGGAACAGUGGGCGUGGAUCUCUCAGAAACAGGCCUCAAAUCUUGGAUGAUUCUGAGGAUGAAGACGUCGACGAUGAAGAAGAGUCAGGAAAGGAAAACCGCCAAUCUUCCUUACGUAAGACUGGCAGUCGCUCUAAAUCGUCGCAAAGGCCUGCUCGUAAAUCAACGAGAAAUCAGCGACAGAUCCCGAGCUCUCCCGAAGAAUCCGAAGACGGUGACGAAGAUACCUCGCGCAGUAGGAGUACUUUAAGCUCAUUAGAAGAGUCUGAAGAGAGUGGACAUGAUACUUCCAAGAGGCAAGCACUCAGAAACACGUCACAUGCAGCUAAUAAAACAAACAAAGUUACAGCGACGAGAAAGACUCAAGCACGGCGAGGAAACAAGAUUAAUGGAGAUGGAAAAGCUGAUAACACAAUGAAAAGCAAUAGCAAAGGAAACGAUGGGAAAGAAAAAGGAAAGAAGGGUGAACUUAGAAACAGUUCUGCAACCAAAGACGGGCAAAAGCAAGCCAGGAACACUGGAAAGACUGAAGUUUUACAUGAAGAAACCAAACGGCGACGUGUUAAUGUAGAGAUGGGUACCUGUGAACAAAUUGUACGGGAUCUCCUUCUUCAUGAAGAUAGCUGGCCAUUUACAGAAGCUGUGAAUUUGCGCGAGGUUCCAGACUAUUCGGAACUCAUAGCAACCCCCAUGGACCUGGGCACCAUUAAGGAAAAGCUCAAGACUUUACAGUACCCGGAUGUGGAUAGCUUUGUGUCAGAUGUGCGACUGGUGUUUACAAACAGCGACAAAUACAAUCUGAGUACCUCAGAUGUCGGACAGGCUGGCAAGAAUCUGGAGAAAUACUUUGACAAACUUUUUAAGGAGAAUUUCUCAAACACGGUCAAGAAAACCAAAGUCCAACGAAAGCGAUGAUCAAUUAGUUUUAUUUUGCUACUUUACCUUAGUUAUACUGAAAAUAAUCUCCGUGAACUGAAUCAAAUCAUAUGUUUCAGUUGUGUACCGAAUAAAUACAGGAAAUACAAAUGGCGUUAAAAAUGAUAGAAAGUGAACAAGAUACUGUAAUCGAAAAUUGUAAUCGUCCUCACUUGAGAUAAUCUAAUACAUUAAGUAAUGCACAGAGGACAGGAAAUUUUAGGAUAUCAUUUGUGCUAAAAGGUCGUUGACAAGUCUACCUUAGAGAACCACAAAUGUCUGUUAAUACGACACAUGAAAUAUCGUUAUAUUGUUGGGUUUUUUUAUCGAUUUGUUCUUGUUGUUUUUGUACUCAGAUUCUUCUGCUGAACUGAAUAAAGUUAUAAAAAGACGCAGAUGUUUCAAA